UGCAGGCACGGCUGCCGGACCGUCAUCGCAAGCCGGAACCUGCAGCGAGUGUCGGAGGCCUCUAAAAAGUUGGCGGCAGCCACAGGCCAGCAGUGCCUGCCUCUGGCCAUAGAUGUCAGGCAGCCCCAAACCCUUGUGGCAGCGGUGGAUGAGGCACUGAAAGAGUUCAAGCGGAUUGACAUCCUCGUUAACGGUGCUGCAGGAAACUUUCUCUGCCCAGCCAGCGCCCUGUCCUUCAAUGCCUUCAAGACAGUGAUAGAUAUCGACACCCUUGGCACCUUCAACACCUCCAAAGUCCUCUUUGAGAAAUAUUUCCGGGACCAUGGUGGGGUCAUCGUGAACAUCACGGCAACCCUGAGCUACCGAGGGCAGGCCCUCCAGGUGCAUGCUGGUACUGCUAAGGCUGCCAUAGAUGCCAUGACCCGUCACCUUGCUGUGGAGUGGGGACCCAACAACAUCCGAGUGAACAGCUUGGCGCCGGGCCCCAUUACAGGCACCGAGGGCUACCGGCGGCUGGGUGGGAAAUUUGCCGAGGAAGGAAGCCAGUUCGACAUGAUCCCCCUCCAGCGCGCGGGGAACAAGACGGAGAUCGCCCACAGCACGCUGUACCUGGCGAGCCCCCUCUCCUCCUACGUGACGGGCACCACCCUGGUUGUGGACGGCGGGAGCUGGCUGACCUCUGCCAACAGCUUCUCCACCUUGCUGGGUAUUGCUUCAUCCUCUGCUAAACUCUAGAUUUCUGGGCUGCAGGAGCAAACAAAAAUCAGUGAUGGACAGCCUGGGAUUGACCGACGGACAGAAACGUGACCGACCACUGCUGCUCUGGGACAUCUCGGGGUGACGUCUCCCAGAGU